AUGAACGGCCUUCUCAGCAUCAGCGAGCGGCUGGCGUCAAACCUCAGCCCUGUAGGCCGCCUCCUCGUGGCAAUCAUCGCCAUCGCCCUCCUUGUGCGGCUCUUGGUCAUGGUCGUCACCAUCUUGAGGGGCAUCACCCACUUCCACAUCACCAUCCUGAAGAUCCUCGUCCUCUGGCCGGCCUGGAUACUCAUCAGCAUCCUCUGCACUCCCUUGAAGCUCCUCAUACUCGUCAUCGUGGUGCUCGUCUGGGCCGUCCGCUCCGUGGCCCGUGGCGUCAUGGCACUUUCCAUCCUACUCGGUCUCUAUGGUGGUCGGCAUUUACGAGUGGAGUCUGGUGGCAGCGGUGGGAAACUUUCGCCAGUGAGACGACAGGAAGCAAACGUGACGUCCGUUCAGGACAUCGGCAUGGCAGAGUUCGGGGGCCACUGGUGGCGAGUUCACGUGCUCCUUCCCAACAGACCCGAUCGCGGCGGAAACAAUAUGGGAUUCAUCAUGGGUAGCAUGGAUGGUGGUGCCGUGGCAUGGCAACCCACCACUUUAGGAUGGAAUGGAUCGGUGGCCCAGGGGAGUGCGGCUCAACGCUCGAUCACCGGUCAGGGAGGACGCACUCGUACACAGGGCUGGCUGUAG